AUGGCUGCACUUCCAAACGACUUCAGUCUCGCGGCCCUCGAAUCCGCUUACGGUCAGGGGAUCCCGUGCCCGUCGGACUUCAGUUUCCCCUCCCACGUCCUGGACCGAUGGACCUCGAAGCAACCCCAAGCCCCGGCUAUCAUCUGGGCUUCCCCCGAUUUCAAACAAGAACGCAUCGUCAGCUAUAAAGAGUUGAGCGAUUUGUCCAACCGUGCGGCACUGGCGUUUGAGAAGCAUGGGAUUAAGAAGGGGGAUAAGGUGAUGGUGCAGUUGCCGAGGGUCGCAGAGUCAGUCUUGAUCGAGUCACACUCUGGCUUCUUUGUUUCCUUUCGCGGGGUUGGGAGCUGAUGUGAUUCUUUGUAUUGUAGAUGGUGGAUCGUCAUCUUUGGUUUGAUGCGAUUGGGUGCGGUGCCCGCUCCCGGGACAUCAUUGCUCGUUGCCAAAGGUGGGGCCCCAAACCGUUGUUCGGCCAUCCCGGCUUGCGGGGAAAAGCCCUGCAGCAUGCAGAGGGUAGGUACUGACGCCGCGGUCUCCUUUCAUUCCACUUCAAUCAGAUCUCAAAUUCCGAGCCACGAGCUGCAAAGCCACGGCCUUCGUCGGUGACACUGAAGCGUGCUCUCGCUUCCAAGACAUCUCAAGCGAGGUCGGCGUCUCGCUCGUCUUCCAAGUUCGAACUCAGGAUGACGGUGACCUGGGCAGAUCGAGGAUCGAUUUCCAGGAUGCGGUGAGCAAGGUCCCAAAGGAAGCCAAAUGUGACCACGUGCAACAUGCUUCGAAUGAUUUGGCACUUUUGUACUUUAGUGAGUUGGCCGGAGCAGCGGAAAAAUUUGUCCCAAGUCGCCGGUAGAGGUCUAAUCAGAACUGGCUAUAUUGUACAGCAAGUGGAACAACGGGUGAUUCCAAGAUGGUGCUGUUGGAGAACGAAUAUACUCUCGGGCACACUAUCACGGGCGCGUGGUACCAUCUAGCGCCCGGAAAGGGUCAGUAUAUGUCACCCGUCCCUCGGUCCAGAAAUUUCAUCCUGGCUGACGCCCACACGCCUGAACUUACUCAGUCUUCGCGAACAUGGCCGACCUGGGCUGGGCCAAAGCUGCCUACUCAACUUUUGGAUGCUUCAAUCACGGAGCAACCCUCUUUGUCCAACCUCCCCCACCCGGAGCGUUCCACCCUUCGUCCGUGAUCGAUAUCCUCCAUCGCUACCCCAUCACCUCGCUCUGUGCGCCGCCGACAAUCUACCGCACGCUUGUCACCUCGGCCGCAUUGGAAUACCUCGCUUCGCACCCCGUCAAAGCGCUCGAUCAUUGCUGCAGUGCGGGAGAACCUUUGAACGCGAGUGUGAUCAAGGAAUGGAGGGACAAGACAGGGAUCACGAUCAAGGAUGCGUGGGGGCAGACCGAGACGGUGAUCAUGGUUGGGAACUUUGCGGGGGAGAAGGUCAAGGAAGGCAGUAUGGGUAAAUGUGCACCUCACUUUGUCGUGGGCAUCAUAGGUCCGAAUGGGGAGGAGUUGGAGGAUGGUCAAGAGGGAGAACUGGCGGUCAGAACCGACGUCGGCGGUGGCGCCAAGUGGAUCUUCAAAGGUGAGCGUUCUUUGACCGGCGGGACGUGUUCCAGGAUCUCUCGGGCACUGACGUCCUCGUGGUUGGCGAUUCCACAGGCUACAUCAAGAAGGGCAAGAUUGACAAGCGGGAAAAGAAAUUUGGAGGCAAGACGUGGUACUGCACCGGAGACCGAGGUGUGCGGGACACGGACAAGUACUUCCACUUUGUCGGGCGGGACGAUGAUGUAAGCCUCUACGUCAUCGAACUCAAGUCGGUGUGGUUCUGGGAUACUGAUGGGCUUCGAAUCUAUUUUCACCGUAGGUCAUCACCUCCUCUGGCUACCGUAUCGGUCCCUUCGAGGUCGAGAGUGCACUCAAGGUAGGCCAUCGUGAAGGAUGGUGGCUUGUGCACCUGGCUCACAUCUGGUUCGCCAUGACCUCUACAGGCCCACCCAGCGGUUCUCGAAUCUGCCGCCGUCGGUUCCCCCGACGAAGCGCGAGGUGAGAUUGUGAAAGCAUUCGUGAUCCUGAGCGCCGAGUACGCGCACAGGGGUAAAUCCGAAGGGCCGGACCGCGACGCGCUCGUGCUCGAACUGCAAGACUUCUUCAAGAAGCAAACGGGGCCUUACAAGGUACCUCGGGAGAUUGAAUUUGUGGAGGAUCUUCCCAAAACGGUUUCGGGCAAGAUUAGGAGGAUCGAGCUGAGGCAGGCCGAGUACAAGAAGAAGGCCCACAUCGUCGCGAAGCAGAAGGCCAAGUUGUAA